UAGUCAUUGGCUUAGUUUCGUGUAUUUACCAUACUUGUUUGGAUUCUUUUGACUAAAAUUAAAACACAAUAAAGGGAUUUUAGCGGUAGCCAGUCAACAGUGAAUUUCGACCUUUUUACAGCUAUUAGCAUAGUUUCGUUAAUUGAACCACAUAACCAACUUUACAACUUUCAAAUCUCCCCCGGUACAUCGAGCACGACACCCACGUUUCAGUGACCGUAGCAACGCGCUAUCCACCAACGCCAUCUAUCUACUCCGCUUUUAUCUAAAAUAGGACGCGUGCGCGACGCUAGGCGUCGAAAGCGCCAGCCCAGAUGGACGCCAGUACUCUCGCAACUAUGGACAAGGAUGCUUUGAAGAAGCAGAUCGAGAAUAUGAAAUACCAGGCGGCAAUGGAGCGGUGGCCACUGUCAAAAUCUAUUGCAGCAAUGCGAGAGUAUGUCGAAGAAAACGAAAAGAACGACCCUCUAAUCCACGCCCCCGAUAAAAAGAAUAACCCUUGGGCGGAGAAAGGAAAGUGCGUCAUCAUGUAGAAUCAACAGCUGAUCUUCGGCUUCCUAGUUAUUAUUUUCCCCUUUCUGAUAAUGAUUUUGCCCAACAUUAACAGUUUGUUGCUUAAUCCGAUAGUAAUUUAUUAGUUCCGAUUCUAGAAGAAUAUGCUCCGGCGCAGCAGUCCAUUCUGACAGUGUACCCAAAAC